UGUAAAUACACCCGCCCUAGCCAGUCCUUUGCUGUGCUUCCAAAAUACCCGUGGCUGUGCACAAAACCUGGUGACUUAUUAGAGUCCCUCUCAAAGGUCUAGUCACUGUUUCCUGGCCGUCACACCGAAUCCACGUGCCAUCAGCUCAGCAGCCAAUUAUCCGACAAAUACCGCGGAGAAUGUCCAGCAAGAAGGCACUCGGUGAUGCUGGCUUGGACCAGUCAUGCAACAAGCCAACCACAACACAACGCCAUGCCGGGUCGCAUCGGCCUCCGGAUAAGCCAUGGAGCAACGACAGAUACAGCUUGCCAACCGCAGACGAAGACUCGAAAUGCCACCCGUGCGAGAGUCCCGGCACAAGCAUAUCCAGCCUCUGGUCUCGCAGAAAUUCCGACGCCUCGACAGCAAAGAGCAGCCUCAGCUCGACAGGGCCCUCAGACUCGACUGGUGAAAACCACCGAGCCACGCAGACGACGUUGGGCAGCAAGCAGAUGUUGUCCGCGAUGGCGGAGAACGAGGCCCUGCGGGCGUCUAUCGUCCAGCUGGAGCAAGAAAAGACCAGGUUACGAGGGAUACUAGCGGAGCACCAGCUCCAACGGCAACGGAGUCCUCAGCGAUGCCUAUGCGCAUCAGGCGAAGGACGGACGACCUGAGACUGUGUUUAGGAAUUGAUGAGGAAACAGGUACGCGAACACGAGACUGGAUACCCCCCAAAAGAAGCAACCACACACACACUUGCACCGAUAGCCUGUGAGCCAAGUUCUUCGAGGCAAACGGAACAGAAGCAACAAAAAUAAUCGGC